CUUUGCGGGCCGUCCAAAUACCCGACGCGCUUGAGGGUCUUUCUGGGGGGGCAUUUCCAUUUGGACAUUCCAUUGCUGCUUUUUGCUACGAACGCCUCAUAGAACUUGACAACGAUGGCAUCUUCAGCUCUUCCCGAGACCUUUCGCAAAUAUGUUGUUCACCAAUUGAGCACCGACUUUGUGAAGGCUACAAAGUUGGAGGUGGUCAAGACCGCCGACGCCCUCGCGACUCUUGGACCACACGACGUGGCCAUUCGUCACCGUUACUGGGCCAUCAAUGCCUCAGAUAUCAAUUAUACCGCUGGUCGUUACGAUCCCACCAAAAAGCCUCCAUUUGACACUGGAUUCGAAGCCGUGGGAGAGGUGGUUGCAGUGGGAUCAGCUGUCAAGAGGCUCCGCGUGGGGCAGGCCGCCGCCGUCAUGACCUACGGUGCGUUUACGGAACUUCAAAUUAUUGAUGAGCGAGCGGUUAUCCCUGUGCCCGCUGUACGCUCCGAAGUUCUUCCUCUCCUUGUGUCCGGAUUGACCUCCUACCUGGCACUUAAGGAAUGUGGACACAUGACAAGCGGCGAAACUGUACUGGUAACGGCUGCUGCUGGUGGUGCAGGUCAAAUUGCCGUGCAACUUGCAAAGCAAGCGGGCAACCACGUAAUAGGGACGUGCUCCAGUGACGAGAAAGCUGCUGUGCUCAAGAAAUUGGGAUGCGAUCGAGUGAUCAACUAUAAAACUGAGAAUGUGAAGAAGGUCCUCAAGAGCGAGUAUCCGAAAGGCAUUGACAUCAUCUUUGAGUCUGUCGGCGGAAAAAUGCUUCAGGAUUGUGUGAGCUGCUUGGCAGUGAAAGGUCGUUUGAUCAUCAUCGGCGCCAUUUCGAAUUACAAUGAUGAUGGAGCGAAGGCUACUGGAUUUGGCUCCGACGCCGUUUCCACUGUUGCAUUGCUGAAUCGUUCUGCCACGGUUACCGGUUUCUUCCUGCCUCAAUACGCCCAGGGGUAUGCCAGUGCAUUGAAAGAUAUGUUUGACAUGGUGGCUAAGGGCAAACUUCAGGCAUUGGUCGAGAUGUCAGACUUUGAGGGUUUGACGUCCAUUCCACGCGCCAUUGCCUACCUUCAUGAGGGCAAAAAUAUCGGGAAAGUGGUCGUUCCAUUCCAAGCUAAACGUAACUCAAAGCUGUAAAUAUCAAUGUAGACGCCUUUUAGGUCUCGUCUAGCAUAGUCCUAUAGGAGAUAGCUUGUACUCACAGAAACGUGUGGGUCGUGUCGCUGCGUGAAUACUCGUCAAAAGCCUCA